AGCAACAACUCCAACGAUAACAGCAAGAACAGCGUCAAGGACCCGUCCAGCAGCACUGGCAACACUGAGAGCACAGCUGAGAACCAGGGCACUGACACUGAGAACCAGAGCAGGAACAGUAACGGGAAUCAGCCCACUAGCCAGGACGGUGACACCAAGAAUAAGGGGAGCGAUGCUGAGGACAAGAACAAGGAGACCAGCAGUGAGAAAAAGGGCAACAAUGAGGGUAGCAAGAAUGGCACGAGCCAGGCCGACAACAAGGAGACUGAGAAGGAGAAAACUGAGGACAAGAACCAGGCCAGCAACCAAGACAGUAACGAUGGGAACCAGGCCACCAGUGCAGACACCAGUACCACAGGUGAGGAGAAUGCUGACGGGAACCAGGGCAAUGAUGGGGACUCAUCGAGAGAUAAAAACGUGCCACCACAAUCAACUUCGUCCACUGGUGACGACGACAGCUUAUUAGAGAAUGAAGAAAGCCCCAGGGAGGAAGAGGAGGGGGCUAAAGGCAGCAGCGAUGCCUCCUCCUUUGCUAAGGAGGGAGGGAAGAGCCUUCCUUCUCCCAGGGACCAGUCGGAGAGCAGCCACUUCUUCGCCUACCUGGUGACCACUGCCAUUAUCGUCGCUGCCUUGUAUGUAGCGUAUCACAACAAGCACAAGAUCAUUGCUUUUGCUCUGGAAGGAAAAAGAUCCAAAAGUGGUCGACGGCCCAAAUCUGGCGAUUAUCAGAGACUGGAUCAGAAGAUCUAG